AUUACAUUUGUUGAGAAUUUAGAGUUUAUUUUAGCAUACAUAAGCCUAAAAUUAUCUUUCACGUUCCCCGUGCAAUUUGUUGCUCAGCGUCAUUUCGUAAUAUUUUUCGAUCUCUCCGAGAUCGGCGAUAACCAAAAAAUUUCUCCAUGAUUGUCUGAAAAGAUAUAUUCAGACUUGUCUGUACCCCAAGCUCCUGAUAAGUAUUUUGAGGGAUUUUGACUAUAAAACAGAAACAUGAGAGUUGUUGCAUUAGUCAGCGGUGGUAAAGAUUCUUGCUUUAAUAUGAUGCAAUGUAUAGCUGCAGGCCAUGAUCUAGUGGCUUUAGCAAACUUAUAUCCUGUUGGAAAGGAUGAGCUAGACUCUUUUAUGUUUCAAACUGUUGGGUAUCAGGGUGUUGAAUAUAUUGCAGAAGCUAUAGGUUUACCAAUGUAUCGUGAACCUACAUUUGGUAGAUCAAAAAUGCAAGAAAAAUAUUACUACCCAACGGAAAAUGAUGAAGUUGAAGAUCUAUUUAGGCUGUUAAGUAAAGUAAAGGAAAAAGAAAAUAUAGAAGCUGUUUCAUCAGGAGCUAUUCUGAGUGAUUAUCAGCGAAUUCGUGUGGAAAAUGUGUGUAGUCGUUUAGGACUUGUUUCAUUAUCAUAUUUAUGGAGACGAGAACAGGAUGAAUUAUUAAAAGAAAUGAUAGAAAGUUCUGUAAACGCAGUUAUAAUCAAGGUGGCAGCUUUGGGCCUUGAACCAAGACAUUUGGGUAAACCAAUCUCUGAAAUGCAAUCUCAUCUUGCCAAAAUAAAAGAAAAGUAUGGUGUAAAUGUUUGUGGAGAAGGAGGAGAAUAUGAAACGUUCACGUUAGAUUGUCCGUUAUUUAGUAAAAGUAUUGUAAUAGAGGAAUAUGAAAGUGUAGUACAUCCGAACGACAACAUAGCGCCAGUCGGAUAUCUUAACUUCAAAAAAAUACAUGUACAAGAUAAGAAUGAUGGCAUAGAAAGAUUAACUUUACAAGAGAGAUUAAAGAAUGUUCCUAUUAAAGUCCCGUCUGAUUACAUCGCAGAGAUCAUUGGUCCGGAAUUACACGACGGCUGUAAUCUGUCAGAAGAUGAGAAUGAUGAUCACGAUUGUACAGAUAGUAGUCUGAAAACGUCGAAUUCUGGUCAAUUCAAUCCACCGAGCCCCAUGGAAAUUUUAUACGAGGAAGAAGAUUAUCCUGAUAUUCCAGUAGUAAAUAAGAAUCAAACCGGCUGGUUCUGGUUUGGCGGUAUUGCUGGGAAACAUCCGGAUCCGAAAUCCGCAAUGAGAGAGGCAUUGGAGAAAUUAAGCAGUCUAGUCAAGAAGGAGAAUCUUCAAAUAUCAGACAUUGUUGCCGUAACAUUGUAUAUAAAAGACAUGUCAAAUUAUCUAUCUAUAAAUGAAAUUUACAUCUCGUGGCUGAGUAAAAUAAAUCCACCGGUCCGUGUAUGCGUGGAAUGUCCGUUAAAUGUACACGUUGUACUUGACGCUAUAGCCUAUAAAGAAACUCAAGACUGUGGUGAUAAGACAGUUUAUAAACGACACACAAUGCAUGUUCAGAGCAUAAGUCACUGGGCACCAGCAAACAUUGGUCCUUACUCUCAAGCUGUUCGUGUGGGCGAUAUUAUCUCAGUUGCUGGACAAAUACCCUUGGUGCCUGGUAGUAUGACUAUACUGGACUUAAACAUUAAAAGGCAGUGUCGUCUGACGUUAAGGCAUAUAAAUCGUAUUGUUAAAGCUAUGGAUUCGAAUACGCAACUCAGGGAUAUUGUACAAGGUAUCUGUUUUUUGACUCACACUAGUUAUAUACCAGAUGCACGAAAGGAAUGGGAGAAACGAACAAACAAUGCCAUCGUGGAUUAUAUUGUUGUACCAAACCUUCCGCGCGGUGCUCAGGUCGAGUGGUGUGUGUGGGCUCAUAGAGAUAAUAAUAGAUUUGAAUACGAAGAGACUGGAAAAUGCGUAGGUAAUUUCAAAGUAGCAAUAAGGCGUAGAUGGAACUAUGAAAAUAAUGUUUCAGCAAUCGUGUGUUACAUGUCUACUGGUUCGUCCAAUUCGACUGGAAAUUUAGCCACGGAAACAAAUUUACCUUCUACAGAACUGACCGUUGAUGAACUGACAGAGGCAUUCGAAUAUGUAUUAUGCAAACUUACAAAAGGCUCGCAAACUCAGAAUCCAGCUUGUAAUCUAAGAAUCUUCUACAAGGUCGGUAGUUCACCCGGACCGAAUUUCGUCCAAGACGUACUCUCGAAAUUUUCUACACGAAAUUUAGUUACUACUAUUGUACCGGCAACGCACUUACAUAAUUUCAGUACCUUUUUAUCCAUAUGUGGUAUCAGACACGAGUAAACAGUUAACAUCGAUGUUUACGUUUGUCAAUUAUUUAUAAAAUGAAAAAAAUACUGUGUCGUAGAGGGAUUAUAAAAAGGAUUUCAUUUGCCUUUUUAAAUUAUUUGAAUCACUGGGUACGAAAGCUAGGACAAAUCGAUCUUAAUACAAAUACGAAUACGAAUACGAAUACGAAUACGAAUACAAAUACAAAUACAAAUACAAAUACAAACACAAAUACAAAUACAAAUACAAAUACAAAAAUCAUUUAACGGCUAUAUGAAAGUUGACCACGGUUGUAAAACUUUAUACAUACUCGUAAUAUUCUAAAUGAUAAUUUAACAAUAUCGGUGCUCGAAUGUAAACAUUAUUUUCACGUUUUCUACUGGUCGAGCUUAUUGGGUUUGCUCGAAAAUAUUCACUUGACACUUGUCCAUAGUGUAUUUAUAUUCGGCUAGUCAACGGGACAUCGACGUGGAUUUUAAAUCGUUUUCUGUCCCGUUAGUGUAAGUGUUCUACGUAAUGCAAAGCACGUAAGUCGUUUCAUAACAUGUACUUGUAUAUGCUACGCCUCAUUUUUUGCUCAAGCUAUUUUUUAUUUUUCUCAUAAUUCACGAUACGCGCGGAGUGUUAUGUGUGUGAUUUUGUGAAAGAAUUUGAAAGCGUGCACAGCCAUUUUUAUAGUAGAGCUCAAAGUUACGAUGAAUUUCGAAGCGAAACGAAGGUGUUGCUACGUACCAGACGUACUAGGGGAAGUUGCAAAUUUUAUUAUUCGAUAUGAAGGAAACAAUCUAGUUUACGCCCUUUUUAAUCUUAAAUAAAAAGGUGAAAUGACAAGCGGACAUUCGGAAUGCGAGCUCCACAGCAAUUGCCCUCUUUCACUUUACGAAUGCUGCCGACGUUAUUCCGCUGUUAUUCAAACUUUGUAUCGUAAUGGCAGACAUGUAGCUUUACAAAAAUGUUUUAAAAAAGAAAAUGAAUAUCUACUUCGCAAAAGUAUUGUAUAA